AUGGUCACCAUCCCCUGCCGCGAGAUCCGCCUGGGUAACUUCCUGAUGCUCCAAGGCCGUCCCUGUUGGGUCAAACGCAUCGAUAAUACCCCCUCUGCCACCGGCCAGUACCGAUACGCCGGUGUUGACCUCUUCACCAAGCAGCCCCAUGAGCAGUCAUCCAUCACCUCCAAACCCGCUCCUGGCGUUGUCGUCCCUAUUAUGUACGGGCCUGUUUUCCAUCAGUACCGUAUUCUUGAUAUACAGGAGGGCCAGAUCCUCGCCAUGGACGAGACUGGCUCCCGCAGGGCGGACCUCCCCGUCUUUGACCACUUCAACCUCCACACACGCCUCAGAAACGCCUUCAAGUUUAGCCAUGGUCUUGUUCGCGCCCUCGUUCUUAGAUACGGCGACGAGGAGCUCGCCGUGGACAUGAAAAUUGUCUCAGGGACAGGGCAACCUGUAGGUGAAGAUAACUUCCAGCUACAUGUGGCUGCACGCAAAGGUCAGGAGUGGAAGGUCCGCAAACUUCUCGAAAAUGAAGCGAUUGUCAAAGGACUAGACCCGUUUAACGGGACAGCCCUUUUCGGCGCCUUAGAAAACCAUUAUGACACCGUGGCUCGCCUACUCAUUGACGCGGAUAUUGACCUCAAUGUCGUGGACAAAUUCGGGCGGACAGCGCUGGAUAUCGCUACCUCCAACCCCGAGCCUCAGUCGAUGGUCGACCUGCUCCUGGAAAAAGGUGUAUCGCCCAUAGAAGGUGUCAGACCCAGUGUCUUGGACUUGCUCUUGGCAUCAGCAAGGGGGGAUACAAGUACAGUCCACGACCUAUUGAGCAGCGACAUCUCGGACUCGGUGGCCGACAAUGUUCAACGCGUGGACCCGAAUGAACGGGAUCGGCUUGGAUACACAGCUCUUCAUGAAGCUGCUUGCUUUGCUAAUUGUCAGAUCGCGAGUAUGCUUAUCGAACACAAGGCAAAUGUCGACGCGGUAAUCACUUCUAGUGGUGACACGGUGUUGCAUGCUGUAAUCGAGAGGGGUCGCAAGCAUCGCCGGUUCCUGCCCCAGAGCCGACAACAAACCCCUCCUCUAAGGGAGGACCACGUCCAGGUCGUCAAAUUGUUGUUGGAACAGGGCGCUUCUACCAAGCGUCGACGCAAAGAUGGACGGACCGUUCAAGACCUUGUGUCAUUGGAGCUUAUGUCUCCAGAUCUGACUAACACUGAACAGCGUAUCCUUCAGCACAUCCUGGUGCUGUUGAGCAGUUCGACUGCUGUGAAAGAGGCGGCCGAAAGAGAGCCUGAACCACGAGAAGCGGGCGUGGAUGGCGGGACCAUCGAGCUUUGCAACUAUUUCAAGCUGCAACUUCAAUGCCAUUAUUCUAGACGUGACCCGGAAGUUCGUGAAGUUCCCAUUGGGAACUUUCUAUACAGCCAAACUGCGAAUGAUUUUGGGUUGCGCGUGAUUCAGGAACUUGAGGGUUGGGCGACUGGGCAGUCGGUGGAGGAUUGUUGGAGAUGGGUGCAUCUACCUGUGAACAAUAAAGUCUGGGUCGAGGACAUCAUCGGUUUACUAAGCGGCAUGAAGGGGGCUAUAUUAAGAGCAUAUUCUGACGCGAUGGCGACGUUUGUUGGCGGAUCAUACCACGAAGUUCGAGGACCAGCUCCUCAUGCUCGACUACGCAGGCCAUCGUUCACUCCCUACCUUGGGUCCCACGGGGGAAUAUUUUCACUGGCCGUGGACCCUAAGUGCAGGGAGAAUUUCUUAAACAUGAACAAGCUCGGGGAGAAGUACAACACUCCCGAUGGAAGUCCAGGGAAUUUGCACGUCCCAUUCACACUGGACCAGUCUUACUACUUGUCUCUCACGGACUCGACGUAUCGCGAUAAAGAUCAGGUGGUGGCCAAAUACGCGGAUCGACGAAAGAACAAAAACAAGAGUCUUCUCAUGGUAAAUCAGAUGUGGGUCUGGAAAAUCGACGCCAAAACUGUUAUUACUGCAUUGCCUGAUCGCCGGCACCCUAUCAAGGAGCAAUCAACUUUCGUAGCUCGCAUUUGCAAAAUCAUGGAGCAAGAUCGACCUUUGAGUUUGGACUCUAUGUUUCUCCAAAUGAUGAAAUGCGCCUUUGACCUCGUUGAUGCACCCCCUAUUGCCGGUCUCAACGAGAAUGUGCUUGAUAUCUUUGAACAGAGCAUCGCACACUGGGCACAUCAAGAGGCUCACUGUUAUGAAGAAUUCCAUGGAAAGCAAGAAGCGUGGAGGGAUUCAACCCAACCUAAAAACUGCAGCCGGGAGGCAAGGGGGAAAGACGAAAAGAAUAUGUGCGACAUUGGAAAGGAGGUUGGGUAUAUUCGGGAGAUCAAGGAUAUUCAAGAUGAGUUGAGAAUGAUCGAACGGGUUCUCGAGGACCAGAGAACCGUGGUCGAUCAAUAUGAAGCCGGCCGAAGGAAUUUACCAUUUUCAGAAAAGGGUACACUGGACGACCUGAAACAGAGCAUCCUCUUCCGGAUUUCCAAGAUUCAAAAGCUUUCGCGGGACGCAUCCUCGGUAGAGAACUCGCUCAACCAUCUGCUAGACAUCAAGCAGAAACAAGCCAACCUGAAUACACCCGUCUCGUUCGUGUGUACGUUUCUCGCCGUGCCGACUCUAGAAUUUCCGCGAGGUAAUGGUGAUGGCGAUGUUGCCUGGGGGUGGUGGCAAGUAUUUGUUGGGGCUUGUGAGUCAAAUUAUGUGCUUUGCCGUCUCUUGCUAACACAACCUCUCCUAGUGGUGACAGAAAUGGCUACAUUUGUGGCUAUUGGAAUGUGCUGGGUUGUACGGCCUGACGAAGACGGGAAUCUUCAUCUACGGAAGAGGAAAGAUUGGCGACAGGACGAGGAGUGUCAAAGGCCGCAGGCGCGAACAGACUAA